AUGACUUCGUCAAUUGUAGGCCGCAAUGGCCUUCCCGACGGCCUGGGAACUGACCGGGAGCCCCAGGUCGUCGUCGCAAACAGAGCUGGAACAGGAACAGCGACAGCAGCGACGACUCCCCCAGUUGCGACUCCAGCGAGCGCAAUAGCGACUGCGACAACAUCGUCAACGUCAACUGCGACCCCGACUGCGACACAGACAACAAACGCGAUCAAAAACUCGCCUGCGAAUAACGACGAUAAACGCGAUCAAAAACUUGCUGACCCUGCCCCGGCCCCGGCCCCGGCGCAGGUCCCAGCGCCAUCUCCAGCUACGGCCUCAAAUUUAAAUCCAAGUCCAGACAUAAGCGCUUCAGGUGCUCCUUCUUUGUCGACACCAGCCAUAACAGCCGAUUCAUCAACACCAGCGUCUGCGCUUCCCUCAACUGCCAUCGCGGCGCCAGCAUUAGCUUCUGUUCCAGCAUCCCCCUCAAAACAAUCAUCGGAAGCAACCUCGGCCGCUCAGGUACUACCGAACCUUUCAACGCCUGACCCUGAUUUAGCCCUUUCUGCGUCACAAACAAAAGUAUCUCCUCAGCUCCUGCCAUCAACACCGCCUUCGUCCCAUGUUGUUUCGAGCGGUCCUCCAGUCGGCGCUGAUACCACCAUGUCAACAACGGCGCAGCAGCAAGCAGAGCCGAUUGUUGAUACUUCUGCUCCGGGUGGCGCGGUUGCAGCAUUAAGCGCUGAUCAGGCUCAGCAAUCCACUCCAUUGCAACUGCAACUGCAGACUGACAACAUGGGGGAACGCUUUGCGCCUUCUACCCCCUACACCCAGGCAGCAAUGCCUACAAUGAAUGAGCACGCCUACAUGAUGAUGGCACUGGUCUCCAUGUCAGGAGCCAAUAAAGCCAUGUCACCCCCUCCGACAGUGACACCAGCCCAAGUUACUCUGCCGAAUGCCUUAUCUGAAUCCUUGGAUGGUCUCGCACCCGCAAACUCAAUACAUCAAGCAGACACUGAGAAGGCACUAGAGUCUUUUGCACGUGUGGAGUUUGCUGACAGUGUCUUCCAAAUGACCACAUACGCUGUCAUCAUCGGACGAGACCAGCGCGCACUCGAACAAGCCCGCCGUGAUGAGAAGCGCGCCGAAGAACACCGCCGCCGCGCCGAGGCGAAUGUCAAUAUGGGCCUUCCGGUACCCGCUCCCAUCCAGUUGGAUCGCAGCAAGUUCAGCAAAUCUUAUGUCAGUGAAGAGGGAGGAAUGCUGGGCCCGGAAUCCGACACGGGAGGAAAUCCUCGGCCCACGAAGCGACGCAAAACUAGCACUCAAGGAUCGUCUCAGCAUGACAUCGAUGAGGCUGCAGUGCAGGCACAGGAAAACAUGAUUUCUAAUAGACAAUACGUUUCUCAUACGCCCGGUGCCGCGGCAGUGGACUUGGCGUCUCUACGUCCAUCCCCAUACCACGUUCCUUUCAUCGGUAUUCAUUCACCAGGACCAAACAUCGCUUCCAAGACAAAGGCUAUCUCUAGAGAGCAUCUCAAGAUCGCGUACAAUCAAGAAACGGGUGUCUUUGAGGCUAUACCUUUACACAAGAAUGGGUUCUUUUGUGAGGAUGUCCACCAUAAGAGUGGGAAGGUCGUGUUGCGAUGUGGCGAUCGGUUGCAAAUCAAGGAUAUUGAUUUUCGGUUCCUGAUCAAUGGAGUCGAACGUGGCCUUACUGGUGCUGAAGAAUAUGAGAGGGAAGAGCCGACGGCAGCACACAAGAAGCGGCACGCACAGGGCGGCAAAGAAAUGAGUUUCGAUUUCGAAUCGGCUCAUGGUAACGGUGCCGUUCAAGACACGAGCGAUGAGUUGUCCGAUGUGGCAAGUCCACCUGAGUCGCCCGACUUCGACGACGACGACGAUGAUGAUGUCGAAGUUGAGGAGCAAAGAGCAACUGAGACAUUGGAAGUAGAGCCUGAAGCCGAGGCUGAAGCAGAACCAGAUGUAGACCUUGAGGCAGACGCUGAGGCAGACGCUGAGGCAGAUGCUGAUGCUGAAGCGGACGCCGACAUUGAUGGGGAUAUGGACAUGGACAUGGACAUGGAAAUGGAUCCUGAUAUGGACGCGGACAUGGACAUGUCAAUAAUGGGGUCAGACUCUGCGAUGAAGCAAGAAGGCAUGCUUGAUCCACAUCAUGAUCACCUCAUGGCCCAUAUACCCAAAAAGAGGGGACCUGGAAGGCCACCCAAGAACGGCGUCAUGUCAAAACGAGAACAGCGACUUAUCAAGAAAGCGCAACAAGAGAUGGCCAAGAAGACCUUACCACAGGCACCUCCAGUGGAACCUCCUAUCAAACGCAAGGUUGGGCGACCCAGAAAACAUCCCCUACCCGAAGGUUCCAUGGAGCGACCCGAGAAGCGCAGGUACAAGCCCAGAAAGCCUAGGGAAGACGGCGCGGAAGGUUCAGAUGCAGAGAGACGUGCAAGGGAAAAGAAAGAAAAAAAGGCCCGGCCGAAGUCACCUCCCCUGGAGCUGAAGAUCGAGGACUAUACCGAGGAGCAGCUUCAAAAGCCAAACAAGAAUUAUGGUGUUCUCAUCGACGAGACGCUUACAGCGGCUGGGCCAGAUGGUCUUACUCUCAAGCAAAUUUAUAAGCGAAUCUGCCAAAGAUAUCCGUGGUUUCAUUUCCAUACAGAAACCAAAGGAUGGGAAAGUAGUGUACGGCACAACCUCAUCGGAAAUGAAGCCUUCAGGAAAGAUGAGACAACCAAUCUUUGGUCUCGUGUUCCAGGCGUCGAGCUUGAUGCUGGAAAGAAGAGAAAGGCAUCGUCGCCAGGCGUAGCAGCUCAAGCUUACGGCCAAUACCCGUACCCUUACAACGCACAGCACAUGGCAGCCGGAGCACCUGGUUAUCCACCUGGACAAGCACCUUCUGGCUAUCAAAUGCCCGCAUACACAGCACACCAAAGCCAACCGGGGCGGCCAGCACAGCCUUAUGGAACAUCUGCAUCGCCGCCAGCACCGGCGCCUGGCCAGCCCAUCCCUACAGCGGUCGCAUCUCAGCCACCGGCGCCAGCACCAGCACAACUGCCGCCAGGUUAUGGACCUCUCCCAGCGCCAGCUCGCCCGCAGCUUGGAGUGCCUCAACCAGGUACUUACAACUCUCCAUACUCGCGGCAUCCUCCGCCAGCAAACACUCAGAUCAAGAGUGAGGAGGGGCAUGCCAACACUGCCAUGGCCCCAGUUAGUGCACCUCUCGCUCAGCAGCAGCAACAGCAGCAUCAUCUCCCUCCACCGCCACCUCCCACGGUUGCUGUCAAAACUAUACCUGGAGCUAUCCCUACAUCAGCUCAACAGCAGCCAGCUACGUCUGUAAAUCGCACUCCUUCGGUUCCAGCAGCUCCCGCCCCAGCGCGACCGGCUAUCGAACCUCGAUUGCUCACAGCGGUUGUCAAUCUUAAGAAUGGCUUGAUUGAAAACCUCAAGAAGGCCCGGAACCCCAAGGCCGAAGGGAUUGUGAUGUCGGCACUCAACCGCUGCAUAGGUCUCAAGAAGGAAGCGACAGAGAACGACAAAAUGGAGGCGAUUUGCAUGAAGGGCAUUCGCCAGGUUAUCGAUGGUUUCCUAAAAUCAAAGAGCCCGACACCUGGUCCAGCUUCAUCUGCUUCUCCUUCGGCUGCCGAGACGCCACUUUGCCUCGAACCCAAGGUUCUCGCCUCACUCAAUGGUUUCAAGGAUGUCUCAGUCAAAGCUCUCAACCCAAAGCUGGGUGAAGCCAAAGCGGAAGCUGUCACACUAUCCGCUAUUGAUCGGGUACUGGGCAUAGCGGAGGCUAGUAUUGUUCCACCACCUGGUGAGGGUGAGGCUGUCGGCAACUUCGAGGGCAUUGAGCAGCAUCUGAUGAAGUCCAUACGACAACUCUUAACGGGUAUGAACCAAAAGGUGUAG